GAAAUGGUUCUAGUUACGUAAUCAAAAUGACGUGACAAUUUCUUUUCGGGACAAGCAGGUGUCGUAGCAAGUAUAAAUAUGCCGGUAGUUAAAUAUUACCUGUGCGCUGAUAGGUCAACAUGACUGGCCUGUUAGAGACGCAAGUUCUGCUUUAACCUGUAAGCACUUAGAACAAACCUACUACCUCUCAUCCAGCUCCGACCGUCUCUGUUGUUGUCAGGGUAACGCUAGCUUAACAGCACUAUGUGGGUGUUCGGCUACGGGUCCCUCAUUUGGAAAGUUGAUUUUCCUUAUCAGGAGAAGAGAGUUGGCUAUAUUAAAGGGUUCAGCCGGCGUUUUUGGCAGGGCAGUACCGACCACAGAGGAGUUCCUGGCAAGCCCGGCCGUGUUGUUACUGUGGUGGAAGAUCCAGAAGGCUGUGUUUGGGGUGUUGCCUACAAGCUGCCAGAAGGCCGAGAGCAGGAGGUGAAAGACUACCUCGACCACAGAGAAAAAGGUGGUUAUCAAGUCAUCACCGUCCCAUUCUAUCCCCGUCCAUCAUCCACUUCUUCACCAUGUGAGACACUGCUCUACAUCGGCUCUCAGGGUAAUCCAAACUACCUUGGCCCCGCCUCUAUGGACGACAUAGCCAAUCAGAUUAUCAACUCUACAGGCCCCAGCGGGAAAAAUACAGAGUAUCUGUUCAAGCUAGCCGAUGCUGUGAGGUCCAUCCUGCCUGAGGAUUCAGAUGCACAUCUGUUUUCUCUUGAAUCCCUAGUGAGAGAAAGAUUGUUAAACGUACAGAAUAAUCUAUCUACUCAUCAAGUCUCCAUCCCUGCUUCUUCCUAAUCCGGGUCGCAGCUGGACCUUUUCCCAGCAGUCUCCAGGUGGAAGCAAGGAACACCAAGAACAGGCCAUGCCCAUCACAUGCAAAGAGGCCAAGGGGCCAAACCCAGAUGGUAACCACUUCACAACAACAUAGCCCUGGGAAAAAUCAAUCACAAUAAACGUAACAAUGUAAAGAUUUAGUAAAAAUAUUUCCUAAAAUGGCAACUUUUUGAUGUUUUUUGCAGGUUAUAAGAUGGAGAAGAGGGUUUUCAGGGUUUUAUUUCUGCUUCGGAAUCUGUAUUGAUCACUUAUCUCACUGCAAUCAGAUGUUAACUUGUUGCUUUUUGCUGAAAACUCUGUUAAAAAAAAAGGCCUUUAAAAAAGUCUUAAAAUUAGAAUUGAUGGUUGUUUGUUAUAGUUCUUGUGUGGUGUCAGUUUGUCCUGAGUGAACUCUGUCUUCUGCCUGACAAUAGCCAGGGCUUCUUCUUCAUGACCACAAGAUGUGUCUUUCUACAGAAAUGUUAAAGUAGCUAAUGAGUUGUGGGGGAAAAAUUACAUUUUGGAGCGAAAAUAUUAAGAAGUUUUUUUUUCCCCUUAUUACCCAUACUUGUGAAUUGUUAAAUCCAAAUAAAAACAUUUAUGUUUUCUUUUUGGCCAAGCAGCACAUCAUGUUUCACAAUAAAGGCCUGCAGGACAUUCUCAA